AUGGAGGAGUGGUUGGACCGUUACUACAACCUGCGGAGAAGAACGGGAUACGAUCGGCCAAACUUUUUCGUCACGAACCGCGGCGAGAAGAUCGUCAAAAUUUACGACGAUGUGACGAAGAUAUUCGGCCAGAAACUGACGGCUUCCAUUUUCAGGAAAAUGGUAGAGACGUCCGGCCGCGAUCACGAUGCUGUAACGUCUGGGGCAAUCGCCCAGGCGUUACAGCACUCGGAUCGAACGGCAAACCAGUAUUACCGUCUGCCCGACGCCACCGAAGCGCUUCGGCGGAAUAAACAGAUAGAGACCGUUGACCACACGGCGUUGGUCAAGUCAUACGUUGACAAGAAUUUUGAAGAUCUGUUCCCGCUGGAACCAUACAUAAAAUUCGACGCAGAAGAAUGGCGGGCCAAGAUCCGGGACUGCCAGGCAUUUGAAGAGUACCCGUCGGCCACCAUCGAUCUGUUCUACGUGGAAAAACUUGGAGACAAAUUCUAUGGUGCCAUGUACGUACGAAGAUCAGAGAUCCUGGCAGAGGAAAUGGCGAUUGAAAAAUACACUAAAUUAAAUUAUACUGAUCACGCCGUGAUUGACAUGGAUGCUCGGACGAAGCUUCGUUGGCGUCUUGCCUCAGCUUAUGGUCCUCCCGAGAUUCGGUCCGUGUACCACGGGUUCCCGGUGGACCCUGCUCCGCCUCCCAGAGGCGUCACCAGGUGGCUAAGCCCAGUGACUGACCCGCUCUUCACGAGGUCGCGGUCAGAACCUCGAUCCACGCCACGUAGGCGUCACCAGGUGGUUAAGCCCAGUGACCGACCCGCUCUUCACGAGGUCGCGGUCAGAACUUCCAACGCCCUAGUCCCCAAGGGUUUCGGUGCGUCCGCGCCCCGGGCGCCGGCCCGUCUGGCCAAAACCUUUUAG